GGGUAUGACUGCUGCGCCCCUCACUUCUCCACUGAGCCCAAAGGAGAGUGGAGGGAGAGAGGGACUGCAUGGGGACUGCUCGGCUGCUCAGCGCACGGAUUUCUCUGGCAAAACACCUCGGCACUAAUUUGGAAACGAAGCUGCAAACGCGAAGUUGAACCAUGCAGACUUGGGCCAUAUAGACGAAGUUUAUCUAUGUUUGGUGCAGCUCUUUCCGUCAGUUGCUGUUCCAAGUCAGCUGAAGCCUGCUAUGGAGAACCCCCCGAGUCAAAAUGAGUGUGAGCACUGACAAUGUCACAACAUUUUGGAAAAAUGGUUCCUCGGAACUCGAUGGGACUCCGGGCGCGUAUCCCCGGGUCAACUUCACCAACAGCUCCCGGGGGAACCACACGGAGCCCAGCGAAGUUGACCUCAGCCGAGCCAUCCCGCUCGCCCUGGUGCUGGGGGCUUUCAUCGUGUUCGCCAUCGCGGGCAACAUCCUCGUCAUCCUCUCGGUUGUGUGCAACAGGCACCUGCGGACCCCGACGAACUACCUGAUCAUCAACCUGGCAAUCGCGGACCUGCUGCUGGGCACCACGGUGCUGCCGGUGUCGGCCACGCUGGAGAUCCUCGACUACUGGGUGUUCGGCAGGAUAUUCUGUGACAUCUGGGCGGCGGUGGAUGUGCUGUGCUGCACCGCGUCCAUCAUGAGCCUGUGCGUAAUAUCCAUCGACCGGUACAUCGGGGUGAGCCACCCGCUGCAGUACCCGGGCAUCGUGACGGAGAAGCGGGCUCUGCUGGCCAUGCUCGGGGUGUGGGUGCUGUCGGUGGUCAUCUCCAUCGGGCCCCUGCUCGGCUGGAAGCAGCCGCCGUCGCCGGACGACACGGUGUGUCCCAUCACCGAGGAGCCGUUUUACGCGCUCUUCUCCUCCCUCGGCUCCUUUUACAUCCCGCUCGUCGUCAUCCUGGCCAUGUACUGCCGCGUGUACAUAGUCGCUAAACGAACCACUAAGAACCUGGAGGCAGGUGUGAUGCGCGAAAGGAUGAACUCCAGCGAGCUGACCCUCAGGAUCCACAAGGGCUCUCAGGUGCAGGAGGAGCCCGGCAGCUCGGGCGCCGCCAAGGGCCGCGCGCACCAGGCGAGAAGUUCCCUCGCGCUGAAACUUCUGAAGUUCUCCCGGGAGAAGAAAGCAGCAAAGACUUUGGGAGUAGUGGUCGGCAUGUUUACGCUUUGUUGGCUGCCCUUCUUCCUCGCCUUACCCAUAGGGUCUUUUAAUGUGAACCUGCGCCCACCCGACCUCCUCUACAAAGUGAUCUUCUGGCUGGGCUACUUCAACAGCUGCCUGAACCCCAUCAUCUACCCCUGCUACAACCGCGAGUUCAAGCUGGCCUUCAUUCGCAUCCUGAGAUGCCAGUGUCACCAGCGUAAACGCCCUGGCUGGAGGGCGUACAAUUACCGCUCCUCCAACCUCAGCUCCUCCGGAAACUCGCGCAAAGGCUCCGCGGAUCACAACUCCGGCUGCCUGAACGGCAGCCAGCGCACUCUGCCGUCCUCGGCCAGUCCGAGCCCCAGCUACCUGAGCCAUGGUCUCCCGCCUUGCCCAGAGGGGGAGACGUUGUACAUCUGGGGGGCAACCACUCCAACUCCCUGCACACCUGAACUGCUGCCUGGCAGCCCUGCAGACCGUCAGCACCGAGCGCCGAGCGGGGAGACGAGAGGUGGUGAACCGGCAGGGGAGACUACUGGUGGAGUUUUUUCUUUCUCCUUCGGGAAGAAGAGAGACAAGAGAGGGGUGAACCAGGACAACAUCGUGCCCGAGGACAGGGUGUGACCGUCGAGCCUUUACUGAGCUGCGACGUGUUCGUUUCCUCGUUGGGAUAAAGUCGCCAGAAGAGGGUGGAUGUGUGAUUUCACACGGGUUUGCUGCAUUCACUGUAUAUGGUCCCAUGAUCAUCCAUCAGUCAGUGGGUUGUCAUUGUCAUUAGUUGUCAGUGUAAGCCGAUGAUAGCAAAGUAUUGACAGUGCUGCUGUAUCACAGGUAUUUUUUCCUAUUUUACUGUAUCUGUGGUUGAAAGAGAAACAAAGGUUUUUACAUUGGACAGUAAGGGGUUGAAGACAACUAAUCCAAACCACUGUUGGGACUGUUGAGACAACUCUGCAUGCAUUUUGAUAAAAAAAGCAAAAAACAAACAAACAAAAAACGAAAUCCACAUGAAAAGGGACACCAUUUCAGAAAUGAACUGUUUCCAACACGACAGUCCCUUCACCCUUUUCAGUUGAAGUUCCAUGUCUGCCCUGUAAAAAGACUGAACGUGACCAUGAAAUAUGACUUGUGUAUAAUGUAUGAUGAGAUUAAAUGACCUUUCUGUUCAGUCACUUGAUAUCUUCAUGGUAUGUUGUGGAAAUAAAUUAUAACCUGGUUUAUCUGCUGUGUGCACAAUCAUCACACAUCCUCUUAUUUGUAUGUUUGGUGUUCAAAUAGUUCUGAAUAUCAAUAUUAGGAAUGUGAUUGAUAUAUGAAUAAACAUAAAACGUUUGCUCAAA